AUGCAAGAUUUGUUUUUAAAAAAAAGUAAAGUUCCCUUUUAUAUUGUCAAGUUAAAGGGGGUGUUAUAUAAAUAUUUUAGAAAUGAUUGGAAGCAUAAGAAUAAAGAAAAAAAGAAUAUUUUGAAUUAUUAUAUAUUUAAUAAAAGAGAAAGGAUUAAUGAAAUACAAGAAUUAAUAAGUAAUAAAAAAUAUAAUGAACUUAUAUUAUAUUCAUUUGUUUAUAAAAAAAAUAUAGAAAAAAUAAGAGAUUAUAAAAAGAUAUAUUAUUAUUGUAAUUUUUUAAAAUAUGAUAUAUUAACAUUUAUAAAAAAAGAUAUAGAAAAUUUAAGAAAAGAAAAAUAUAAAUAUUUUACUCUAAAUAAUAGAAAACAUUCAUUUAAAAAAAUUUUAUACAUUUAUUUAAAUAAUUAUAUUAAGAAUAAUGAAAAUGAUCAAACACCUUUUCUAUUUACAUUAUUAGAAAUACAUUUAUUAAAAGCAAGUCUAUAUAAUAUAUUGCUCUUUCUAAAAUUGUGUAAUGAUUAUAAAUCUUUAGAAAAACUUAAAAUAUUUGCAUUGGAUACAUUUAUAAAAAAAAUUAACAAUCAUAUGAAAAAUGAAGAAAGCAAAAAUAUGUGUGAGCAUGUUUAUAAGGAUCUAAAAUGUAUAAAUAAAAAAAUAAAUAAAAAUGAAAAUAAUAAAGAUUCUUCUGGAAUGUCUAUUCAUAAAGAGUCUUCAUCUAAUUGUGUAAAUUCCAAUAAAUCUGAUCAGCAAAAUAAAGUAAAAAUAAAAAUAUAUAGACAUACAAAAAAUAUAAUACCAUGUAAUAGUCAUGAUGGUAGUGAGAUGUAUUGCUUGUCUAGCUUAACAUAUGAACAUAUAAGGAACACUAAAUUUUUUACAUCUAAUAACAUAAAUAAUAACUCUAUAUUUAAAAAUAUAUAUAUGUUUGAUGUAAUUCAUUUUAUUAAUAAUAAUAUAAAUAAAAAUUCUAAUCAUAAAAAUGAAUGCCCUUCUGAUUUAUCUGAUGAACAUAUGAAAUCUGAUAAAAGUGACGAUUUUAAAAAGGAGGCACUUAAAAAUUUACAAGAAAAUAAUUUAAUACCAAAUAAUUUACAGAAUGAUAUUAUAAAAAACGAUAACAAGAAGUGUGCUCCUUUAAAGAAUUAUCUCCAUUAUAAUAAUAAAAAUUAUUUUAAAUUAAAAAAUAAAUUCAACUAUAAAAUAAAAGAAAAAGAGGAAAUUCAAAUUCAAAAAAACAAAAAAAAAAAUAGAGAUGAUACUAUAGAUAAAAAAGAAAUAAAAUAUUUUUAUUAUUCACACAGAAAAAAUAAUCUAGGAGUAUAUAAAGAAAUAUAUGAAAAAUCUGAUCAAUAUAAAAUGAUAAAAUAUUAUGAACAGCUAAAAAAAGAAAAUAUAAUAAAAAAAAAAGAACAAGAAAAAUUAAACAACACAACAGAUAGUGUUAUUAAUGAGAUGAAUAUAUAUGAAUGUUUAGUAAACAAUAAAUUAAAAGAUGAUUUUAAAAAAAUAAGAGAUCAUAUAUUAAGUAUAGAAAAUAAUAUAAAACAUGAAGAUUUGUCAAUAAAUAAAAAUAUCACAGAUAAAAAACAAAAGGUAUCUUCAAAUGUAUCUUCAAGUGUAUCUUCAAGUGUAUCUUCAAGUGUAUCAUUAAAUGAUAAUAUAAUAAGAAAAAAUAAUACUUAUAUUAAUAAUAAUAUAUUUACAUUUAAUAAUACACAUAUUAUAUAUAUCCCAUUAUUUAAGAAUAAUAUUUUAAAUAUGCUUUUAUCCUUUUGCACUAAUAAUUAUCAAGAUAAUAUGUAUAAAUAUUUAAAAUAUUUUUAUUUUUCCAAUUUUUAUUUUUAUAAUCCUAUAUUUCUUUUUCAUUAUUUUUCUUAUAGCUCAUGUAAUGAAAAUAAAAUAUAUGAAAUAUAUUUAAAGGAAUUUAUAAAGUUUUUAAAUAAUAUUAUUCUACAUUUCCAUUUCUAUUUAUUUCCAUUCUUUAUAAAUAUAAACUAUUCUAAUAUAUUUUUAAAUUUUUUUAUAAAAUAUUGGAAUAAAACAACUUCAUCACAGAAAGAAGAUAUGACUAUAUAUAGAUAUAACAGCAAUUAUAAAUAUAUUAAGGAUAUUAUAAUAUAUAAACAGAAAGAACAUGUAUAUGCAACACACAAUAUAGAAAAGGAAAUAACUAAAAUAAUGUAUUUGUUUUUACAAAUAUAUUCUUCAGAUACAAUAAUAGAAAAAGCGAAACAUAAAUAUUUAGAAAACCUAUUUUUAUAUGAGACUAAUAAUGAAGAUAGUAUAAAAAAUAAGAGCAAUCAAAAAGAUAAGGAUACUGUUAUUAAAAAAAAGAAAUCAUAUGAUCAUAUUAUAAAUAAUGAUAUUGAAGACAAAUCAUCAAUGGAGAGUAUUUUUUUUAAUUUUUUAAAAUAUAGAGGACUAUUUAAUAUAUAUAAAACGGAUAUAAAAAAUAUGAACAUCCACAAAAAAAAACAACUCUUAAACAAUAUAAUGAUAAGUAAUAAUAAUAUUAUGAAAAAAAAUAUAAAUAUAAAUAAAAAUAAAAUAAAUCAAAUAAAUCAAAUAAAUAUAAUUGAAGGAUGUAAUAAAUAUGAAGAUUAUGAAUAUAUAACUGAUAAUAUUUCAAAUACAUUGGAAGAAAAUAAAAAAUUUUUAAGUACUCAUAAAAAAAAUUUGAGAGACAGUAGUAUGGUUUCUCCAUGCAGUUAUGAUAUUGUUUACAAAAAGAAGAUAACAGGACGUAUGAAAAAAAAAAAAAAAAAAAAAGAAAUGAUAAAAAAUAUGACUUCAUUUUAUGAGAAUAUGUGUGAAUAUGAUAUGAUAAUACAUUAUAUUGAUUCAUCUAUAAAGGAAAAAAAAAAUAUAAACAGUAAAAAAAAUGUGGACAAUAUGAAUAAUAUGAAUAAUAUAAACAAUAUGUAUAAUAUAAACAAUAUGUAUAAUAUGUAUAAUAUUUAUAAUAUAGAUAAUAAUAAUAAUAUAGAUGAAAUAAAAAAAAAAGAAGAUCAAACACAUUUGAUUAUAUUAAAUGAUGCGAAUUUAAAAUAUAAUAAUAUAUGUAUUAAAAAGAAAGAUAUAUUAAAUAAUUUUCUUUUAUUGUGUAAAAUGAAUAUGUUUGAAUGUAGUCAUUAUAUGAAUAAAAUUAUAUAUUUUUAUUUGAAUGAAUAUAAUGAUAAAGAGUUAAUAAAUAUUUUGAUAAAUCACUUUAAAAUAAAUAAUAAUAAUAAUAGUAAUAAUAAUAAUAAUAAUAUGAAUAGUAAUAAUAAUAAUAAUAAUAAUAUGAACAGUUGUAAUAAUAAUUUUGGAUGUGUUGUUAAUACAAAUGAUAUAAAUACUUAUAAUGUAUCUAUAAAUAAUAAUAAAAAUAACAUGUGUGUAAAUAAUUCAAGUAUACAUAUCACAAAUAUGAAUACACAAUUUAUAAAUAAAAAAAAUGAUGAAUGUCAUUCUAAUCAUGAUCUCUUACUUGUUAAUAAAAUAUUAAAUAUUUUCAUAUACAAAAAGAAAUACAUUUCUUUAAAUAACAGCAUUAUUAUAUCAAACUUACUAGCUAAACAACAACUAUAUAAUAAUAACUUUUUUCGUUUCUUAGAAAAAAAUAAUUUCAUAAAUGAAAUAAAAGAUUGUAAUAUGCAUUCAUUAGUAUCACUUAUAUAUUCAUUUGGUAAAUUAAAAAUGAAAAAUAUACAUUUAGAUUUAUAUAAAAGUAUGAUAAAAGAAAUUAUUUAUAAUAUCGAUAAAAUUAAUGAAUAUGGAUUAUCAUGUUUAUUGUAUGGUUUAUAUAAUUUAAUAGAUAAAAAAAAAGAAAGAAAUCUUACUAUUAUAAAUUAUGAUUAUUAUCUAAAAUCUAAAAAGGAUGUUAUACCAUUCACUAAACGUCUGAAAUAUUAUCAGAACAAAAAUUAUCAUAAAUAUUAUAAUCCUUCUAAUCAUAUACAAAAAUUAAAAACAAUAAACAAUAAUAUAGAUAAAAAGGAUAUACUACAUAGGAAUGAUGUCAGCAUGAGUCAAAAUAAAAAUAUUGUGGCAAGUCUUUAUAAUAAUAUAAAAAAUAACAAUCAUAUGUGUAAUAAUAAUAAUAAUAAUAAUAGUAGAGAUAACCACAAUAUUUUAUAUAACAAUAUGCAUGAUAAUAAUAAUAAUGAUAUUGUGUCGACUUCCCCUCUUUUGAAUGAUCAGAAAAAUACAAAUGAACAUAUAAACGAGUUAAAUGAAAUAAGAAUACUUGAAGAUACGCUGAUAAAAGAAAUUAUAAAAAAAUUAAUUCUUUUUAAAAAUAUGAAUAUUAAUUCUUUUUGUAUAUCUAUUUCUUGCUUGUCAAAAAUAAAUAUAUACCCAAAAGAAUUAUAUGAAGAAAUAAAAGAUGUAACAUAUAAAUAUAUGAAUAGUGUUAAUGUAACAUCUUUACAACAUUUAUCUUUAGCUCUAGCGAAAUAUUAUAUAACAAACAGAAACGAAAACAAAAUUGAUAAUAUAAUUUAUGAUAUAUAUGAUUAUUUGUUUAUAUAUAAAAUCGCAGAUAUUUCUUUUAAAUGUGCUUGUAAGUUCUUAUACACAUUAGGAUUAUUAAAUAUAAGAAACGAAAAUUAUAUAUUAAUAUUGCUUAUGGUUAUAGCAAAUGAAAGAGGUAUAUUAAAUAAUGUUUAUAUACAAGAGAAUAAUAAAAAUUAUGAUCGUCUUAAUAAUAUGAAUUAUAAAAAUGAAUAUGUAAAGAAGUUAUAUUAUCAAACAGGCAAAAAUAAUAUAUAUAAUAACAACAAAAAAGAAAAUAAUAAUAACAUCAACAAUAAUAAUAAUAAUAAUAACAAUAAUAAUAAUAAUAAUAAUAACAACAACAAUAAUAAUAAUAAUAAUAAUAAUAAUAAUAAUAGUAAUAAUGUAAGUUUUAAUAAUAAAUUUAUUAAUAUGUUAAAUGAUAAAUUGGUAGAUCCUAAUUAUCAGGGUAGAUUAAAUUGUUCAUUAUAUAAAUCAUUAGAUGUAUUAAAAAAAGACGAAUAUUUUAAAUGUUAUUAUAAUUCUUAUUUAUUUUUUGAUUUACCCAAAUAUAAAUUAAAUAUAAAUAAUAUAUUAUUAAAUUUUUCAAAUGUUGAUAAUAGUUAUUUAAUUAAUGUUUUAGAUGCCUUAUAUAAUUUAUCAUAUUAUUCUUAUUUCUCUAUACACAUAUGUGUGAUUAUCAAAAAUAUUUUAAUAAAACAAAUACAUGACAUGAAGGUUUCUAGUAUUAUGUCUUUGUUAUAUUCAUAUGUCCAUUUGCAUUUCUAUGAUUAUUCAUUAUAUGAUAUUGAAAAUGAAAUAUUUCUAUUAGAAGAUAUGAAUAAUAAUACUACUAUGAAGUCUGACGCUUCACACAAUAAUAAUAAUAAUAAUAAAAAUAAUAAUAAUAAUAAAAAUAAUAAUAAUUAUUAUUGUCAUAGUGAUAAUUUAAUAUGUGAUGGUGAGAACAAGUCAAUGACCCAUUUUAAUAAGAAUAAUAUAAUAACAAAUAACCAUUCUUCAAAUAAUUCUUAUUUGUCAGAUAAUAUAAAAAUUAAUAACUUACAAAAUGAAUAUAAUAAAGUAUAUAAUUGUUUAUUAAAAACUUUUGUAAAUUUAAAUGAUCAAGAAAAAAGGAUAUAUGUAGAAAAAUUGAAGUCACUAAUUUCUGAGAUAAAAAAUAUUAAUAAAUUUUAUUAUGUUAAAAAUAUUUAUAAUAAUAUAAAUGAAAGUAUAAGUACUGAAUAUAUUUUAUCUAUGAUAAAUGAUUAUGAUCAAAGUAAAAAAAGAAUAAAUAUUUAUAAAGAACAUUUAAGUAUUACAAAUAAUAUUGAUAAAAAAAAAAAAAAUUAUGAUGUUCAUGAUCAAAAUAUUAAAUAUAAUAACAAAAUAGAAAUAAAUGAAUCACUUAAUAAUAUAUCUACGUUACAAACUUUUAAGGAUCAAGACAAACAUAUUAAUAAUAUUAAUAAUAUUAAUAAUAUUAAUCAAAUAAAUAAAGAAAAUUUAUUACACAGUUUGUUUAUGCAUCCAAAUUCUCAAACAAAUUGUAAAUUUCAAGAGAUAAAAAAUAUUGUGGAUCAGUAUGGCUGUUUUAUUAAAAAAGAAAAAUUAAAAAAGAGUCAGGCUAGUAAUAUAAAUGGAGAUUUAUCUGAUGAGAGAAAUAUAAAUGUACAUAUAAAUUCAGAUAAUGAUUUUUUAUCUUCCUAUCAUCAUAAAGAAUCAGGUGUGUCAUCCUCAAUAUGUGAGAAACAAAAAAAAGAUUAUGUGGAUGACAAUAUCUUAAUUGAAGAAAUUAGAAGAAAAGAAUAUUAUGAUGAAUUUUUCAUGUUAAAACAUCGAGAAUAUUACAAAGAAGAUUUACUGAACUUAUGUUUAGAAACGUUAUUAAAAAAUACAAAUUAUAUUUUAAAUAAUUAUAAACAAUAUAAAAAUACGAGUAUCUUUUUUCUUACCCUUUUUUAUAAUAUUUUCUUACCAUAUACAAAUAAUGAUAUAUUAAUCUAUUUAAAUACAAUCCAGCGAAAUUUUGCAUUAUAUAAUAAUAUUAAUAGUAAUAAUAAUAAUAAUAAUAAUAAUAGUAAUAAUAAUAAUAAUAAUAAUAGUAAUAAUAAUAAAAUGAUGGAUGAUAAUCCUUUUGAAGAGAUUUUAAAAAAUAUCGAAUUAUUAAAUUUUAAUGAUCAUAUUAUUCAUAAUGUAAUAACAUCCAAAAAUUUAUCUAAUAUUAUCAUACCACGUUUUCAUAUAUUACAACACGAUAAUCACUUUUUAAAUAAAGCUAUUGACCUCAAGACUACUUCUAUGAAAGAUAAUAUGUCAGUAGAUAUAAAUAAUAAUAAUUAUAAAAAACAUAAUACAUAUACAAAAUAUAAUAGUUCAUAUCAUGAUUCAUCUUAUAUCUCAUCUACAAAGAAUGAACACAAUAAUUACAAUGAUUAUGAUGAAUUUUUAAAUAAUUAUAACACAGAUUUAAAUAUGAAAAAAAUAAAUCUAGAAAAAAUAGUGCCAUUGAAUUUACUUUAUAAAUUUUUUCAGCUUUUUAAUUUCAAUAUAAAUAACAUACAACUUAUAUAUUUAUUAAAUGAGAUAUAUAAAGAAAAAGAUUUAAAUGGAAAUAUGGAUAUCCAACGGAUAUUAAUACAAAGCGAAACAAAUGAAAAUAUGAAAAAUGUAGACAAUACAAAUAAUAAUAUUAACAAUAUAAACAGUAAUAGUAAUAUCAAUAUGAAUAAUACAUAUCGAUUUAAAAACAUAUCAUGUCCAUUAAUACAAAUAAAAAAUAAAACAUUAAUUAUUCAAAAAAAUGACAAAAAAAUUUAUUUUAAAAACUUCAACAUGAUAGAUCAUUAUUUCAAACCAGCACAAGGAUUGUUAAUAAAUAUAUUAGAUCAAAAUAAAUAUAAUUCUUUAUUUAUUUAUGUUGAUGUUUAUAUAGUUGCAUAUAAAGUUGAUAUACUUAUUGAAAGGUUUAAUAGAUAUAACUAG